AUGGAUGGACGAAGAGAUAAAGAGGAGUCGGAGGAUGCUCCUGUCAUCAUCGUUGAGAACGAGGCUGAGAGCAUGCCAGUGCAAGAGGAAGAGUCAGGUGCUGCCGGCCAAAAUUACCUGGACACUUGCCCCUUUUGCCAUCUUAACUUUCACAGUCGAGAGCCCAAACUUCUGCCGUGUCUGCACUCGUUUUGCAAGAAGUGUUUGCCUUCACCGUCCAGGAAUUUGUCCAUGACAGAGGCGCCAAACUCCCUGGUUGACAGCGCGACCAAGCCACUGAAUGUGAUCCGCUGUCCCGUGUGCAGACAGGAGUGUAUGGAGGCGGAUGUGGUGGAAAACGUCUUUGUUAAGGACUCAGCUGAGGCUCCCAGUAGCACAGUGGAGAGGACAGUCCAGCUCUGUAUGACCUGUGAUGACAACACUGAAGCUGCUGGGUUUUGCGUGGACUGUGUUGAGUACCUCUGUGCCACAUGUGUGGAGGCCCACCAGAGGGUCAAAUUCACCAAAGACCACACCAUCAGACAUAAGACAGAGGUAUCACAAGAAGUCCAUGGUGUGUCGACGCAGAGGCCAAUGUUCUGUGACAUCCACAAACAGGAGCCGCUGAAGCUGUUCUGUGAGACCUGUGACCAGCUAACCUGUCGGGACUGCCAACUAGUAAAGCACAAGGACCACAAUUAUCAGUUCCUUGAAGAUGCCUACAAAAACCACAAACAGCACAUGGAGUGUAUGACCCUUCAACUGCAGGAGAAGAAAAAACUGAUUGAAGAAGUGUCAGACUCCAUAAACAAUGGACUUCUUCAGGUUGAUCAGAAUCGUACAUCUGUUCAUAAUGAAAUAAAGAAGUCCAUCUGCAGUUUGAUUCUCGACAUAAACAAGAAGGGCAAGACGCUAGUUAAUCAACUUGAGGCUGUAACAAAGGAUCAUGAGAGUGUCUUGCGAAAACAGCAGGAGGACAUCGGCUAUCUAUCCAGACACCUGGAUCAUGUCAUCAACUUCACCAAAUGGGCCACAGCCAAGAAUGGGGGCAUGGCCCUCUUGUACUGUAAACGUCUGAUUCUGUUUCAAAUUGGAAACCUCCUGCGGGCAAAAUGCAGUACCUCAUUUAUACCACAGAGCACUGUACGCUUCCAGUGUCGAUCCUCUUACUGGGCCUCAAAUAUUGAUCUGGGCUCUUUGGUGGUAGAGAGCGUACCAGGCCAACAGCUGGUGGGUUUUCAGGGUAUCCCUCAUCAGCUGUCCCACCCCGGGCAAGGCCCCUCAGGCUCACCCCACAGCUUUGCCCUGGGAGCUCCCCAUAAUACCCUGGCUCAGCUCCAGAUGCAGGUGGACAAGAUAAACCCGCAGGCCCACUGGCAGUCACAGCCACCUCCUCCACCGUGGACGUGGUACCAGAGUGUCCGACUACAGCGAACUGUCCCAAGGCCCCUGCAGGGAGGCUCUCCCUCCCAUAGUAUGCCUCCUCAACCAGGUCGCAGGUUUAUAGUGCCCCCUCCCAACCACAUCAGCCCAACUAGCAGCCUACCGAGCCCUGGGUUUACGCCCCAGCCUCUGAGGGGGAUGGAAAGCAACUACCAAGCCAAACCUAUGGAGAUUUUUUCUUCCUCACCUUUGUACAACCAUGUUACACCUCUGCCCAUCAAUGGUGGCGUGAGUUCGUCUCAAUCACGACAGACAAUUGAGCCCACAUAUCUGAACAGGAAGAAUGAUUCAGCUGGUCCAGUAUAUAUGCUGAAACCAAACUAUCCCCAGAGCCUGCCACCUUCUUUGCUACACAGAAAUGCUUUACAUUUCUCUCAAGUGCAAGGACAGCAGAUUUCACCAGGGUACACUGCUGUAUCCCAAGUGGAGAAACCAGGGACUGUUUCCUGGAAACCUCCAGAAACCCAACAGGCUAGUGGAGCAGUGGGCUCAGCUGUCAAGAAAAGACGAAGGUCGUCACCAGGACCCAUCAUUGUCAUCAAAGAUGAGCCAGAAGACAACAGUAGCUAUAUACAAAACAACAAAAGAGCCAGUCUUCCUGACAGCACAGGUGAACACCCACCAAUCAGUGCCCAAGGCGAGGGGAACAAGGUCCCAACUCCUCUUCAAAGCACAGACGACAAACCCCUUAGCCCUUCAAAGCCUCCAAGCAGACCAUGGGACCAGAGUAAGACUAAUGUUCCAAGUCACAUCCAGGCAGGGGAACAGCAGGUAGACCAAAAUCAAGCUCGGCUGGAAGACACUAACGAAGUCUUGUGUGCCGUGUGCCAGUGUGGAGGAGAGCUGCUGUGCUGCGAUAAAUGUCCCAAAGUUUUUCACCUUUUGUGCCAUGUUCCAUCUCUCCUCAAAUCUCCCAGUGGGGAAUGGUUUUGCUCUCUCUGCCGUGACCUGUUAGUGCCUGAGAUGGAGUAUGACUGUGACAGCAAACCUGAGGCCAAAACAGUAAAGAAGGAGCCAGAUUCCGAAGGAGGCUUUCCCCCUGUGGACAAACGAAAGUGUGAGAGGCUGCUGCUGCACUUGUUUUGUAGUGACCUGAGUUCAAAGUUUCAAGAACCUGUAUCCCCCUUGGUAUGUGCUAAUAACAGGCCCAGUCUUUCAACUGUGAAAAAACGUCUGGACACUGGGCAGAGUCUGUGCUACCAGAGUGCUGCAGAGUUUGUAUCAGACAUCAGGCUCAUCUUUGGGAACUGUGCAGUCCUCAGUGAGGCAGCCACAGAGGUCACCGUGGCAGGCAGGAGGCUUAUGGAGUUGUUUGCAGAGCAACUGAGGAUCAUCUUUUCUGACCAAACCUUCCCAGAAAUCAAACUGGAGAUGAUACCUACUGCCCCCCCUGACUCUCAAGUCUCAUCUUUUGAAAAUAUUUCCCAGCCUGCAAAGCGCCAGCACACAUGUUCAGACUCCCAGGAUACACCAAGCUGUCCCCAUGGAGAGGGGGGACUGUUAUAACAGCACAAAUGUUCUUAUUGGUUUAGUUAUUCCACAACACUGCCAGCACCAACUAAUAUGUGGUGUGUAAAACUUUAUUACAAGCAGUUUUGUUUUAUGAUGAAUUGUACUAAUGAUGAUACAGGGCAC